CGCUUAUUCAUGUUUGUUUAAUGCGUUUAUGACUUAAUAUGCAGCAAAUCACGACUACAGCAACAAUCAUCAGAGAUCCAGCAGAGAUCAACACUAUGAACAAUAACGGUUCGUAUGAUGUUGAUAAAGAUGUGUCAGUGAUGGAGGGAGAUUCAGUCACUCUAAACACUGGUGUUGAAAUGAACCAACAAGACAGAAUUAGAUGGUACUUUAAUAGCGAUCGUAUCGCUGAAAUCAUGAAAGAUCAGAGUCAGAUCUGUACAGAUGAUCAGUGUGAAGAGAGAUUCAGAGACAGACUGAAGCUGGAUCAUCAGACUGGAUCUCUGAUCAUCACAAACACCAAAAAUACAGACUCUGGAGUUUAUAAACUACUGAUCAACAGCCGCAACACAGAACAAAUGUUUAAUGUGACUGUCCGUGGUGUUUCUGCUACUGAACUAGAUCAAAUGAAGAGAACGGAGGGAGAAUCUGUCACUUUAGAUCCUGGUGUAGUACUAGUAACGACCCCAAAUGAUGUGAUAAUGUGGUAUUUUAAUGACAUUCUCAUUGUUGAAAUCACUGGAGAUCAGAGUCAGAUCUGUACAGAUGAUCAGUGUGAAGAGAGAUUCAGAGACAGACUGAAGCUGGAUCAUCAGACUGGAUCUCUGACCAUCACACACACCACAACUGAAGACUCUGGAGAAUAUAAACUACAGAUCAAAAACAGCAGAUUCAGCAUCAUAAGGAGCUUCAGUGUUUCUGUCACUGGUUCGUAUGGUGCUGAUGUCGACCGAGUGUCAGUGAUGGAGGGAGAUUCAGUCACUCUACACACCGGUGUUGAAAUGAACCAACUAGACAGAAUUAGAUGGUACUUUAAUAGUGACCGUAUAGCUGAAAUCAUGAACGAUCAGAGUAAGAUCUGUACAGAUGAUCAGUGUAAGGAGAGAUUCAGAGACAGACUGAAGCUGGAUCAUCAGACUGGAUCUCUGACCAUCAUGAACACCAGAAUCACAGACUCUGCGGUUUAUCUAAUCACCAUCAGCAGCAAUAAACGUAAAACACAUAUUUUCAAUGUUACUGUCUACGCUCGUCUGCCCGUUCCGGUUAUUGUCAGUGAAUUUCCACCAAAUUCAUCAUCAGGAUCUUCAGUGUCCAAAUGUUCACUGGUGUGUUCAUCAAUGGUGAAUGUGAGUGAUGCGACUCUCUCCUGGUACAAAGGAGUCAGUGUGUUGUCCAGCAUCAGUGUGUGUGAUCUCAACAGAAGUCUCUCUCUACAUCUGGAGUGUGUGGAUGACUCCUACAGCUGUGUGCUGAACAAUCCCAUCAGCAACCAGACCACACAUCUCAACAAUACUGAGCUCUGUCAGCCAUGCUCAGAUUGUGCUUUCUGUUGUGAUGCGUCUGAAGUGUUCGCCCGAUUGGUCGCCUCUGUUCUGGUGGGCGCUGCUACUGUUUUUGUUUUAGUUUAUGACAUCAUCACAUCGAGGAAAUCCUCACGUUUAGGGAUGAGGUGUCCAUGAUGUUUCCUUCCAUAUUGUAGAGUGUACGUUGCAAACCAAACAAUACAAUUAGUCUAAUUAGCUCACUAAAACUUACAUAUCACUUUAGUCUGUGGGUUUAAUCUUCGUUUCACAACUUCACUUAGAGGCUGUUAUAUUACCGUUAUCAUCUCUGUCUAAACUAUAAAAACACAAAUUUGUGAAAACGGUAAAAUCAUGCAUACGUAUUACUUGUUUAGUCUAUAGGCACAUAGUGUUUCUUCAGUGAAUUACAUCUUUAUCUACUGGCCUGAUAUAUUGUCU